CAGAAAUCAAAGCAACCAUCGUAGCGAAAACGCUUCUUUUCUUAAUCAUAUUUUUGCUUUUGAGAACACCAAAACGCUAGAAAGAUGCCGCGUAUUAUGAUUAAAGGGGGUGUGUGGAGAAAUACGGAAGAUGAGAUUCUGAAGGCAGCUGUGAUGAAAUAUGGCAAAAAUCAGUGGGCACGUAUCGCUUCUCUUCUUCACAGAAAGUCGGCCAAACAGUGCAAAGCCAGAUGGUAUGAGUGGCUUGACCCUAGCAUCAAGAAGACAGAAUGGAGUCGUGAGGAAGAGGAGAAACUGCUUCACCUGGCCAAGCUGAUGCCCACACAGUGGAGAACUAUCGCUCCCAUAGUUGGCCGCACCGCUGCACAGUGUCUAGAGCACUAUGAAUACUUGCUUGACAAAGCCCAGAACCGUGAUGAGAGUGAAGAUGACCCGCGUCGACUCAAGCCCGGAGAGAUCGACCCAAAUGCAGAGGCCAAGCCUGCCAAACCUGACCCCGUUGACAUGGAUGAAGAUGAACUGGAGAUGUUGUCUGAGGCGCGCGCAAGGCUGGCAAACACACAGGGUAAGAAGGCAAAGAGGAAAGCUCGGGAGAAACAACUAGAGGAGGCUAGACGGCUCGCCGCGCUGCAGAAACGCAGAGAACUCAGAGCUGCUGGGAUAGAGAUCAAGAAGAAACAAAGAAGGAGGAGAGGGGUGGACUACAAUGCUGAAGUUCCAUUUGAGAAAAAACCUGCACCAGGAUUCCAUGACACCUCACAGGAGCAUUACGACCCACUGGACCCGAACUACAAGCGCCUCCGUCAGCAGGAUAUGGAUGGAGGGAGGAGGGACACAAAAGAAGAGCGUGAUAGGAGGAAGGACAAGGACAAGCAGAAGAAGAGGAAGGAGAGUGAUCUUCCCGGUCUUAUUGCUGGACAGAGCAACUUCCAAGAGCCUGUGAAGAAACGGAGUAAGCUUGUUUUGCCUGCACCCCAGAUUUCUGAGUCUGAACUGGAAGAGGUUGUAAAGGUUGGUUACGCGAGUGAGAAUGCCCGGGCCCAGGCAGAGGAAUCUGGAGCCCAAAAUGGGGCAACAGCCAGUCUGCUGCAGGACUAUAGUGUCACCCCAGGAUCCAAUGCCCUGCGAACCCCCCGUACACCCGCCCUGGCAUCAGAUGUCCUCAUGCAGGAAGCCCAAAACAUCAUGGCACUGACAAACGUGGACACGCCCCUGAAGGGGGGCCUAAAUGCUCCCCUACAUGAGUCAGACUUCAGUGGUGUCACCCCACAACAGAGAAUGAUGGCCACUCCCAACACUGUCCUGGGCACGCCCUUCCGGACUCCGGGGCAAAUGGGCGAGGAGGGAGGAAUGACACCCCAUGGUAUGACCCCCCUGGUUGGACAGAACGGUCAGCCUGGAUUGACUCCGGGUAGAACACCCAUGAGGGACAAACUUAACAUCAAUCAGAUGGAUGAUUUCGAGGGGGGCACAUUUGAACAGCAGGAUCCGCGUGACCAGUUACGUCGUGGAUUGGCAGGUCUGCCAACACCUAAGAAUGACUUUGAGAUUCUGGUUCCUGAGGAUAUGAACGAGGACGGAGAUGAGGCUGGGGACCAGCAUAGAUACAUCGAGGAUCAGGCGGAUAUAGACAACCGGUCUGAGGCUGACCGCAGGGCUAGAUUGGAGAAAGAGUUAAAGCUACAGUCGCACGCAGUCCAGAGAAGCCUGCCCAGACCGUACGAUGUGAAUGACCUUAUUCUGCGAGAUGUCAGCCCCCAGGACCCCCAGCUUACCGAUCUACAGAAGGCCGAGGAGUUGAUUAAGCGUGAGAUGUUGAUUAUGCUGCACCAGGACUCGGCAUACAACCCCACCGAGGCCCAGCUGGGGGCGGGGCCUGCAGGGAAGAAGGCCCUUACCACUGGGAAGGGGGUGGCCAAUCAGGCAGCUCAUAUUUCGUACCUCAAGUAUCACCCAUAUGAAAAGGUGACUGAGGAUGAAAUUGAAAUGGCCCGACAGAUGCUGCAUGAGGAGAUGGAGGUGGUCAAGCGGGGGAUGGGCCACGGUGACCUCUCUCUUGAGUCGUUCUCCCAGGUGUGGGACGAGUGCUACUCUCAGGUUCUCUUCCUGCCUAGCCAGAACCGAUACACACGGGCCAACCUCGCCAGCAAGAAGGACAGAAUAGAGUCUCUCGAGAAACGACUUGAGGGCAACAGGUCAUUCAUGACAAAAGAUUCAAAGAAAGCGGCAAAACUUGAAAAGAAACUGAAGAUUUUACUUGGAGGCUAUCAGUCUCGGAGCCAGGGUCUGUUGAAGCAGGUUACUGAGCUUCACGAGCAGCUGGAACAGACACACGUGGAGCUUACCACGUUUGAAAACCUCCGACAACAUGAGAUCGGCGCCAUACCUAAGAGAAUGGAGUCCCUGACAGAAGACGUGGUUAGACAGACAGAGAGGGAACGAGAGUUACAGAAGAGAUACAGUGAUCUGCAGUUCAGAAUGUCUUUGUUAAAUGCCACCAAAUGAUUGUUACUGAAAACUUUGAAUUUUGUACAUAGAAAAUUUUAUCAUCAUGGAUAUCAUGAACAUUUUGACUGUAUGCUGCACAAUGCAGUCAUUGGAUUCAAUGCAUGUGAUACUUCACUGUAUGUGACUAUGUCUGGAAAAGUGUAAAUACUUUUGAUUGUAGGAUACUGCUGUUUGCAAAGGGAAUUAACGUUUCAAGGUUUUGAAACAACUCCAGCAACUAACGUAAUUAACUUCAUCAUUUCCUUCUGAAUGAUUUAAGUUUUGGGAACAUCAAAAUACUGCCAGUACCUAUGUUGAGUAUGGUAUCUCGUAACCAAACUGCUGAAUUUGAAUGAUUUGCCAGCCCAUAACAGGCACAACUACGAAUACCAACAUGACACUUCAAAUGCAACUUCCACCACUGUUUGAAAUAUUACUUUAAACUUCUUUAUUUUUCAACAAUUGUGAAUCAAGUUAUUACACCAUUAUAAUAAUCUCUCUCAUAGGCACUUUGUUACAUGACAAUUUGGUCUUGUGUCAUGGGGAAAACUGGAGUACCCGCAGGAGACCCAUGUGUCUGGCUUGGUGAACCAAACUCACGUGAAAUAUUGCGUGAAACUGCUUUAGUUCUGGAGGUAAGACAUGACCUUAUAAUCAUUGCAAUGCGAACAUGCUUUGUUUAACUGAUUAACAAGCAUGUUACACUUAUUUUAUUUGCAAACAGUAGUAUAAAUACAUUGUUCCAAGGGUGAGUUGCUGCCAUGGUGUUCCUGUCUGUCACUCGCCCACGAGGCCAUUUGUUGUAGCCUCUCCAGGGCCACUUUUUCAUGGCAAUUUCACAAAAAGACUCAAGUUAGAUCUAAACCUCAACUCGUUUUUUCCAUAUAACAUUAAAAGUUAUUUAAAAUAGUAUACAUAUUUUAUCUCUUAUUUUUUCUUUGAAUGUGUUAAUAAACACCUUUUGUUAAUAUUUCACAGAAAACUAAUUUUAGAGCUAAAAAUGUACUUGAAUAAUAACUCAAAUACAAAGAUUUGUACUCAAUUUUUCUUUCGAAUCUUGAGGUUUUUGAAUCAGCAUAAUCUAUGAGAGAAUGUCUUUUUUAAAAGAGUAAAAACAUGAACAAUUUUAAAUACUGGUAAAUGAUAUUAUGUGAUAAAAUGAGUUGAGACUGAGAUUGAUAUUUGACUUUUGUAUUUUCGUGAUAUUGGGGCCAGGAGUAUGUUGCUGAUUUCUACCAAGGAUAAAUGGUUUCCAACUUAUAGUUGCCCACAAUCAAGCUAAACUACAUAACUACAUUGGUGUAAACUAAUGCUCUAUUAACAGGUGAACUAUGGGUUUAUAUCCAGAGGAUUAAAGUAUGUCAUAAUUGCAACACAAUGUAAAUGUAUUUAAAUGAUUAUGGUAAGGUUCUUGUUUAGUAUAGUACAAACCUGAUCAGCCUUCUUUGAUAACGGGAUUAGAAGAAAGACUUUUAUUGAUAAUAUCAAAUGCUGUCCUGAAAAUCCUUGAUGUAUGUUAUCAUAACUGUAAUAUCAAGAUUAAUCCUUAACAAAAUAUGUGAAGGUUACAUCAUAAGGUUAUUAGUGUAAAAUUUGUUUUCACACAAUGUCAGAUAGUAUGCGUGUGUCAGAAUUAAGGACAAGUAGAUAUUCCUAUUUUGAGUAAUCUCCAAUGUUGCUAUCCUCAUGAACACGUGGGUGGUUUGUCAAUUGCUUGGACUGUUCUACUUAACCCAGGUCUAGCCUUACUUAUGGUGACAUGGGUGGGACAAUGCAACCAAGACUGAUACUUGGUCUAUUUAUAAGAAGCUUUUUUGGGUUCUGAUUUAUGACUUCAUUUAUUAAUUUAUCUCACCUAUUACAGCAUGAGACGAAAACCGAAAUAAUGGACUUGAGUCAAUCUGAAUCUAUCAAUUUCAUUAAAUUUUCAACAACUUAACUUUUGUACAGCAAUAAAUUGUUUCAUCUCAGUGUUAAUGAAAUACUAUUUUCUAUGGUACAAUUACUUUAUGGCUUUAAAGUCUGCUAUUAGUUAUGGUAUUAUCAACAUGGUAUAGCCAGUGAACCCACUAUAGGGGGUUUAAAUCGGGUUCAAACAUUUAAACUUGCGUAUCCUUCCAUGGCAUUCUUUAUACAGAUUUUCAACUUGUUUGUCCUAUUAACGUUUAAAAUACAAGAUGUGCAUGGUAAUGAUUUCCACUUCGAAAUUCAUUUGUCUACAGAAAAGGGGCCAUAGUGUGUGUUAAAUCAAGGAGAAAGUUGUUCUUGGUAUGAAAAUAAAAUGUUUGACCCAAACAUUUGUCAGAUUGUUAUUCUUUCAUAAAAGUUCUUCAAAAGAUGGUUUAGAGUGUGGGACACAUUUCUGUAAGAUGCAUUGCUGAUCUAAGUCACAAUUUGAAAUAACCUUUGUGUCAUAAUUAUUUUAGUUUUCUACAUUAUUAAUGUGAAUUGAAUUUUUGAGGGGAAAAACGUUGAAAACAAAGUUGAGGACAUGAAACAAAAUCAACUUCUUAUAAUCAGUGAUAUACCUGCAGAUUUAAAAAUUUUGGAGUUAAGACAUCUGUUGGUAUAGCAAAAGGCAUUGGCUUGUCGUUGAACCUGCUUUUUGAUUGUUUUGUGGGGAAAAAAUCUAUGUCUAGACAACGAAACCUGUGUAUCUGUAUAAAACUAUGUAAUUGUUUUUUUGGUUUGGUUAAAGUUAGCCAAAAUGUUGAUUGAUUGAUCUAAAUUUAUCCAAUAUUUCAAAAUUUAUCCAAUAUUUCAUAUUUACCAAUCAAAUCCUUUAUAUAAGCAAACUAACCAAAAGAUAACAUGUGGACAACUGGACAAAGUUUUAUUUCGGUUGGCUGGCCAUGAGUGUUUUCUGCAGGCAACAAAAUUGAAAACAAACAUAUACAACUCUUACUCUAUGUUAUUUGCAGUAAAAACCCGGCUCGAUAUCAUUUGUCUAGUUUUCCUCGUUGGCUCGAUCUGGAUGUUAGGGAACUAUUCAGAUUAACUCGCUGUAAGCAUUACAGUUUGACUGGAUAUUCGCGAGGCUCAAAGUUUUUUGGCAGAUCCCUGGAAUGUCGAGCCAACUUGUUUCGACCGUUCGUGUAUGUACAUAAUCCAAAUCAUGUUCAUGUUAAUUGUUCAGAUUCCAUAAAAUCUUGAUGGAAUAUACUUUUCUGUCAAUAUUCUCUGUUUAUAGAUUACUAUCUAUAGUUUUUGCUUUUUUUAUAAUGCUAUAGUUAUGGCCUUCUAGCAAAUAAACUGUUUGUCUUGUAUGUUGAUAAAAAUCUUUGAUCAAUGUUCCUGAGAAAAUAAUGCCCCAAUAAUAAUACAAUAAUGUACAAUUUUAUUAUUUUUUCAGUUAUUUCAAAAGCAUUGCAUGUAGAAUAUUUUUUCUUAAUAAAAUUAAAAAUUUUUUUUUAUUAACAACAGAUAUUCUAGAACAGAGUAAAACAGGAAAGAUUCUUAAUUAUUUUGUAUUAUGUGGUCAAGUGAGUAACAGUUGACACCCGCAACCAGAGCUAAUGAACUUAUACACUAGUGCUUGAGCAAGAGUGUACAAUUUCACUCAUGAGAGUUGAGGGUGACCUAAGUGUUUUGCACCAUGUUGUCAAGAACAAAGUUCAAUAAAUGGAGUGGAGUAUACAGAAAGUAAAUAGCCUUGCAAUUCAUCUGUAUGUGAUUUUUAGAAUGGGUAAGCCCAUCCUACUUUUUACCUUCCGAUAUGGGGGUUAAUGUGGAUAUAAAAGCAGCGAAAACACUCUCUAACAUGGAACGAGAUUGACAGUUAACUUUGUUAACGAACAAGACGCUUAUUAACAUUGUUUCCUGCACUUUUCAGUAAUUUCCAAGAUGUUAUUUAACAAGACUACCAUAAUCCAGUGCUUUUUAAGGGAGAGGAAGACACAACUUCUUAUUUUACAUUCUAUUUAUCACAGAAUAUUCAUAUUUUGACAUAUAUAGGAAUUAAUAACAUAAAAUCAAAAUGGAGAUUUAAUAUGGCAUGUAAAGACAGCACUAAAGUUUAAAUAUUUGUUUUACGAAAAUUGCUUCACCAACAUAAUAGAUCAAAGAGACACUGUAUCCAACCGAGCAUGUUUUCACAAACAAAAACAAUGUUUGUGCUGCAUUUCACAUAACCUACAAUUGAUUACCGUAUUCAUAUCCUAAUGGCUGGAUAAUACCAGACCUUCCUAAUGGAUAAUAGAUAUGAAAUUGCAUUCCAUUCAAAAGUGAUUAUAUUUUUUUUUCUCAAAAAUACAUUUUGUUGUACAUAAAAUUCUCAUUAUAGAUUUUCUUUCAUGUGUUUGUGUGUAAUAAUUUCUGGAAAUGUAUGAAAAACUGGUUUAAAUACAAGUAUUACUUGUAAUAAAACUAUAUAAUCACUUUUGAAUAAGACAAACUGUUUGUUAUAUAUCAGAUUCCCUGAGGAAUAAAAUCAAACCUAAACGUUUUUUAAUUACCUUUGCUUUAUUUAGCCCAGCUUUAACUAUUAUUUCUCAGGGCCCCAUUUCAAUAAGACAAUAGUCGUAAGACUCACGCUGCUUAAGAGUGCUCGGCUACACUCCCUGUGAAGUAAAGGGCGGAAUCUAUGCAAUAUGAAUUAUUGUCCUUACAAUACUUUUAUUGAAACAAAGCUAUGCCAAAAAUGGAGUUACACAUAGAAAGUUAUGAUCUUUAAGCCUGACCAUCUUUUUUGAACCCGGGCCCAGUGUAUGUAUAAUAUGUCCAAUUUUCUGUAGAAGCUUUUCUGUGACCUCUUACUAUCCUGUUAACUAAACAGUUUGCACAAUAAAUAAUGAACAGGUCGUUUAUUAAGUCUAUAAACAUAGGUGGAUUUUCCUUUGUCCGAGCGUCUGAAAAUAGGAUAUGAAAAAUAUAAGUUAAUACCCUAUGUAUUGUUGUUUAAUGUUAUCCUUAAAGCUGUUUAAUCGUUUGAUGUUAUUCAAUAUUUAAAAAACAAUAAUCUUAUUUACACAGGGACUUAAGUAAAAUGUCUGCUUUUAAAAACAUAUCAAUCAUAUGAUCAAAUAAUUAAUGUGAGCCAUAGAGAAUAAGACUGGCGUGUGAAAGUUGAUUCAUUGGGAAUAAUAGAAAAAUUGCUGCCUUGUUAAAUCAUUUCUGUAUUUUCCCACAAGGUCUUUUAUCUAA